UUCCUUCCGAGUUUCAUACAGGCCAAGUCGUUCCUGUACAUCCUAAUAGAUAUCGGUCUGUUUACAAAGAAUUAUCCAAUAUGAACCAAGUCGCACCUGGAAACGCUGUCGCCAAACGACCCUACGAGGGGGCUGAUGGCAAUCUACCAAUUAAGAGGAGACUGCGGGCCUCCACGCAAGCGCAAGCCAGAAGUGUGCCGAUCCCAGCAUCCGCCACAGCUGCCGCAGGUACGGAAGCUUCGAGGCCAACCGACAACAUCUGCCCUGAAGAAGCCGAACAGUCUCCUACCCUACUCCAAGUGGCUCAGCCUCCCGUUGUUCAACCUCCUGUUGUUCUGCCCCCUGCGCCGUAUCCUAGUCCCAUAUCUCCCUUUACAAGUACACCUCCUGGAAUUCCAGUUUCACCACCAUCAGCCACAGGGGAGGAUGAUCGAUUCAUUGAUUUGUCAUCAUCAUAUCUCUCUCCGGAAGUAGUGAUUGAGGAGGUGCAAGGAGCUGCAUACAGCGGCACUUUCCCUGUUCUUGCCGAAGACCAACAACAAGAGAAGUGUGCCGCCGGCGAGAAGGAUGUACAGACCCCAGCUACUCAACAGGGUAUCGAGGGACUAAAGAUUUGGGCAAAGCGCAGGCAGGGCCUUUGUGAUGCACUGCCUUACUUCAAGGCACACCAGGGAUCCCUAUACACGGUCAACCUUGUUCCGUUUGGCCUUCUCAUUGCCAGAGAAGCACGGAGCCGUGACCAGUUUGACGGCCAAGUCAUUAUCACCUCCGUGGGCGGUGGGCGUGUUCGAGAUGAAGACUCGGGUCAAAUGAUUCGUGUCCAGGAUCAGGAAGAGAACCGAUCCUUGAAAUCUCUCCGACGCUGCAACGAUGAGCGGAUACCAAUUGCUGUAAUUGCUGGAGACGACCACCCACACUAUCCAGUCAAACCCCCUCGUCCCUACUGUGUCCUGGACUUCUUCCAAGUCACAGAUAUCUGGGCCGAGAAGCAGGUAUACCUGAAUAAGGAUGCCUGUAGAGUGUGGUGUGUUCGGCUGGAGAAGAUAGACCUCCACAGCCCCUCAUGGUGGGAUCCGUCGAUGACCACCCUGUCCUCCGAUGACGUGCAACAACGCUCUCACUCCGAAGCCCAGACAUGCAGGUUGUGCGCCGAAAGUUCAAAGGUUAUCUAUACCCAAGGUUGGACGUGCCUCAAUCACAAGUGCAGCUCGUUCCUGCAGACUGAAGGAAUUGAUAUGGAUUUCAAUGCCCUCCAGUACACAUCAACCUUUAUUUCCGAGCGCACGCCCUUCGUCGGGCCACUCCCCAGCCUGGUUCCUCCACUUCCAAGUGAGGAUUUGCUCAACAGCUCCCACGGCUCGGAGAAGAUAUUCCGAGUGGGCAUUGUCUGCCCUGAUUGUGGGUGUUGCAGCUCCCGUCGUUCCUGGGCUGCUUGGGAGUGCGAGAAUUGCGACUAUCGGCUGCCUGGGCGGAUGAGCCAAUAUCCUAAGGACCUUCUGGGAAAGGAGCGCCUGGAGUUUGAGAUGGCCACUACCCGGAUGCGCAAGAGGAACGGCCUGGUGAACGAACCCGUCGCCCUCCGGAUUGAUUCUGCCUGUGUGGUUUCCCGGACCCUGGACGUCGGUGGCAAGUAUACUGCCACACAAUACCUGCUUCCCGGCGAGAACGAUGACAAGGUCGGAUCUGUGACUGUCUUGCAUGCCAACGAGGCCAUUUGCUCUGGGAGGAAUGGGCCGCACGAGAUCUUUGAUGAACUCUGCACCCAGGAUAUUGGCCUGCGCCGGAACCCGGUAACUCGAAAUGGCGCAAAGACAGAGGUCUGGACCCGGCACUUUGCGAAGAAUUGGGGAGCGCCAUACAAGUUCGCAGUCACUGUACAGUCCAAGGCUUUUGACGAGGCGCCGCCAUCCAUCUUGAAAGCCAUCCAUCGCAUGCUCUGGGCUGGAAAGACCGCCGCCAGGACAGCCAAAGAAUGGCUUUCGGAAAGGGGAGAACAGAACCCUGUCCCAGAGGGGAAUGUGGUCUUCAACGAGUUGCUGAGCCUGGGGUACAUGGAGGAUGAUCGCAUCUCCUAUCAUGAUGAUGGCGAGAAAGAACUGGGCCCAACAGUGGCCACCCUGUCACUCGGGUGCCCGGCAAUUAUGUCGUUCAGGCCCAAGAAGAAGGCGAACAUCAAGACCUCUGCCCCCCCUAAGGGGCCCACUGGAGAGUACGGUGAGGUGCUGUCUCUGCCACUCUUCCAUGGAGACCUUGUUGUCAUGCAUGGAACAGGAAUUCACAAGUUGUAUGAUCACAAAGUUGAUCCUCAGGGAGCCCGGCGGUUUGCCUUGACCUGCCGAUACAUUGACCCGGCGACAAUGAGCAGCAAAGAGGACCAAGACGCUGCUAUCACAAAAGGAACGAUUCCGGCGGAUUCGUUCCAAAAAUACGCAUACGACGGCCAUGACUCUGAUCCCGAGGAGGCAUGAGAUUAGGGCCUGAUCCGAUCAUUCUAUGAUAUACGGAUUCCCAUAAGGUUGAUUUGUGGUCAAGGGACUUAAGGACACACGUGUCAGGGGUGCUAUGAAGGAAUAUCACAAUGCUAAUUUGGGACUGAAGGGAGCUACUUACCUUGCUACUGGUGUGGUGAAAUCUGGGCUGGGACAAUUGGGCUUUCGGGGUGUUAAUGUAGGAUUGGGACAGAUGGCAUUGGGGUUUGGGUGGUGAUGAUGGGUUAUAGGGUUCACACCCAGUUGGAACACAGAGCAUUGCUGGCAUCAAGAUACCAUUGCUUU